AUGAACUUUUCUAGAGACGAGAAACAGCCUGUUGCGGACGUGGAGCAGCGCGAAUCGAUCAAUCCGGAUUCACCUCAAAAUGAUCUCAAAAAACCAGAGGGCGACUAUUCUGGCGCAGUCGCCAAGUCUGAUCCAGCUGAACUUAAGCUGGUGAGGAAACUGGAUAUAUGGAUUAUGCCUAUCCUGUGGCUCAUGUAUUGGCUCAACUAUCUCGACCGCAACGCCAUCACCCUCGCAGUUUUGAACAACUUUAAAGAAGACUUGGGUCUCAAGGGCACCCAAUACAACACUGGCGUUUCUAUUCUUUUUGUUGGAUAUGUCCUCGGCCAAAUACCUAGCAAUAUGCUCAUUACUCGCGUGCGACCGAGCUGGUAUAUGGGGAUCUGCAUGAUGGGGUGGGCAGUUGUCAGUGCCUUGACAGCACUUGCGAAGAACUACACUGGCCUUAUUCUUACUCGAUUCUUCCUGGGAAUUGUGGAAGCCCCAUACUACCCGCGAGUAUUUCCCUGCGCCCUACAGAUUGCUACACGGAUCAGCGUCCUCUAUUCCGGAAACAUCCUAGCGUCUGCUUUUGCCGGCUUGAUUGCUGCUGGAGUAUUCAGGCUUAACGGUAAACAUGGUCUCAGCGGCUGGCAGUGGCUUUUCAUUAUCCAAGGCAUCGUGACCUUCUUCGUUGCUGUGGCCGCUUGCUUUAUUCUUCCCGAUGAGCCCCUUACGACAAGGUGGCUUACACCGGAGGAGCGUCAGCUUGCCUAUGAUCGUGUCAGCCGGGAUACUGUUGGCCAGACCAAUGAUGGUUCAGCCUGGAAAGGCCUUAAGGAGGCUGCAAAGGAUCCUAAGGUGUGGGUCUUUGUUUACAUGCAACAUCUUCAUAUUGCUACAAAUGGGUUUAAGAACUUUUUCCCUACCAUUGUCAAAACACUUGGCUUCAACACCACUAUCACGCUAGUUCUUACUUGCCCACCCUACCUGAUCGCUGGUGUUAUUUCGAUUGCUUGGGCAGCAUCAUCGGGUCACUUCAAUGAACGUACAUGGCACAUUACCAUUGCCAAGGCCGUGGCAAUUUUUGGGUUCGUUCUUGGCUGCGCUACGAUGAACGUCGGUGCUCGUUAUUUUGCCAUGUGUGUUUUCACUAUUGGAACGUACGGCGUGAACUCAAUCAUCCUGGGUUGGGUGAGCAGCACUUGCGGUCAGACAAGGGAGAAGAAGGCUUCGGCGCUCGCCAUCGCCAAUGUGAGCGCCACUCUGAGUUUGAUUUGGACUCCGUAUCUUUGGCCAUCCUGGACUGAACCCCGGUUUGUCCUUCCUAUGGCAACAAGCGCCGGAAUGGCGUUGGCGUGUGUAUUUGGUGCUUGGGUAAUGAGAUUUAUGCUGGUCAGAGAGAACAGAAAGAUUAGGCAGUCAGACUCCGAGGCUACCUUGUACUAUGCGUAUUAA